CAAACAUUUGGUGGUGGAUCCCAAGUCCCCACAUAAAGCAAAAUCCCUAUCCUAUCAUACUUAUCAAUAACAAUAAUAUAAAAGUAGUAGAAUUAGGAGAAAUCUCUCACCUUUUUCUUGAUUUCCUCUUUUCUUCUAAAAAAAAAAAAAACCACCCCUGGGGACUAGCCUAUACCCUACUCUCUCUUUCAACAUCCACGCCGCCUUCAUGGAAAUAAAUUGAAGAAAAUUCUUGUAACCCUUUCAUUAUAAUUCAUACUACAUGAUGAUGAUGGCGAUGGCGAUGGCGAUGGCGAUGGCGGGUGUGGUGAUUCUUUAGCAUUUGCUUUAAUUCUUGAAGAAAGAAAAAGGAAGAAAAAUGUGUGUGAUUUUGGAAAAAGAGGGUGAUGAUGUGCUGUUGGUGCCACCCACAAAUUUCUCUGCUGUUGAAGAUAACUGCAUUUACAGAUCUGGAUUACCCCAACCAUCCAAUUUCCUCUUUCUCCAAUCCCUUAAUCUUCGAUCCAUCAUAUAUUUGUGCCCUGAGCCUUAUCCUGAAGAAAAUUUGGAGUUUCUUCGAAUUAACAAUAUCAAGCUUUUCCAGUUUGGAAUUGAUGGCACUAAGGAGCCAUCAGCUAUGUCAAGCACUGCUAUAACAGAGGCUCUCAAAGUGAUAACUGAUGUCAGAAAUCACCCUGUUCUCAUCCACUGCAAGCGCGGAAAGCACCGAACUGGUUGCCUCGUUGGAUGCCUGAGGAAAUUGCAGAGCUGGUGUAUGUCUGCUGUGGUGGAGGAGUACAAGCAUUUUGCUGGCACAAAGUGGAGAGAAACAGACCUCAAAUUUCUCGAGAAUUAUGACGUUUCACGCAUUAGGCAUUGCCUUGAGAGCAUUAUCUACAGGUAUUAUGGCUCGAAGAAGAGGCGCUUGCAGUACAUAGAAGAAAAUCUGCAGAAGCCCCAGAUGACUUCAGUUCUAUAGAGGGAUUAUCCACCUUAAUUUUUAGCCUGGAUUGGAUAUUCCCAUUGUUCUUUAUUUCUCUUUAGUCAUUAUACACUGCUUCAGAUUCAUCUAUACACCAAUUUGUUUGUGGGAUGCCUUUACUUUGCACUA